AUGAGUCCUCUAGAAGUGCACACACCCCGCGUCCGCAACUUGACCAUUUAUUGUGGCUGGCAAGUGCCUGUGUUAGAGUUAGAUGUCGACUUUCCUCAGCUUGAAAGCCUCACCCUGUAUAGCUUCAUUUAUUUUUCAAGAAGCGAUGAAGCCGCACACGAACCCGUCCCGAUCUUCUCCUUCGCAGCGUCGCCCAUGUUACGCAAGCUCACUUUGAAGGCUUUCCAUUUCUUCCCCGGUAUCGCCUAUGGUUCCCUGACGCACCUUGCCCUCGAGGACAUGACCCUUCCCUCUCUCGGCAGCGUCCUCCGCCUCAUAUCAAGGUGUGCUCCCACCCUCGAAGGCCUCGUGCUUCGCGAGCUCUCCGUCCGAGCCCGUCCCCCUACUCCCGCAGAAGAACCCCCUCAAAUCCACCUCCCCCGCGUCCGACGCCUCGCUCUGGGAAGCCGGUCCGUCACGUACGACUCGAUCCAGUUCCUCAAGUACCUCAUCCCCCCCGCUUCAGCGUCGCUGCACCUCGUCGGCGACGUCGCGACGAACCUCCCCCCCUCCCUCCCCGCGCUCGCAUGGAUCGGCGCCUGCACCACCCUCGCCGUCGCGCUGGCCGACAGAGAGGUCACGCUCGUCCUCUCUGGGGCCCCCGGCCCCCACGCGGCCGCGACGCUCUCGCUCGGCUGGAAGGAGGACCGGGACGACCCUCGGAGCGCGCCGCGCGCGAAGCUGCUAGCGCACGUGCCGUGGGCGCGGCUCGCGGCCGUCGCGCUCCGCGCGGACACGCUGGACUGCUCCCCGUUCGUCCUCCUCGACGUCGUCCGCUCGGCCGCGCCGGAGCGCGUGCGGUCGCUGCGCGUCGCGCUCGCGCCGUCGUUGUCGCUGCGGCACGGGCGGGAGGUCGGGGAGGUCCUCUCGACGGUGGUAGGCGGGCCUGGGAAGGAGACGCCGGGGUUGGACGAGCUGGAGGUGUGGACGGAGGACGUGAAGAAUCAACUGGUGCCGAUGGAGCUUGGGAGGCGGGCGAGAGGCGUGAAGAAGGUCGUGGUCCACUGUCCUGCGUUGAAGGACGAGACUCUCCGGACGUGGUGGGAUCAGACACGGAGGGACCUGCCGCAGGCGGAGAUGCGACUGCUGGGUGGUCAGGCGAUGGAGGCUCUGCACCUACCGGAGCUGGAUAAGGCAAUGGAUGGCUUUGUAUGGUCGUAG